AUGGAAGCGCCCGCCGAGCCCUUCACCCAAAUCAGAGGGGCAGCCACGUCCCCCGGGGGCGCGAUCUCCCCAGCCCCAGCCCAGGUGCUGCUGCAAGGCGGGGAGGGCCCGGCGUGGGCCCCGCCUGCGGGGGAGCCGGGGAAGCAGCUGCUCACGCUGCGGCCCGUGCAGCUGCAGGCCGGGGAGGAGGCCGAGCCCCGGGGCGGCGUCGGCGUCGGCGCGCCGCAGGACGGCCCCACGGCGGUGGCCAUCAGCCUCCAGGAAGGCAUUUACACGUUUCAUGACGUGGAGCUGAUGCAGAUCAGCGUCCUGCACGACGCGGCGCCCGGGAAGAGCAGAGAGAGCAGAGCCCCGGAGAAGUUCGCAGACGUGCUGCUGAUUAAGAUUGAUAGAAGUAAAGAGGUGCUUGCAGUUGAAGGGAAGGUUCACCAGGCACCCACAGCUGAGGAGGUGAGAGGAAGCAAACUUCCUGCUAUCGAGGGGAAAAAAAUCCAGAGCUGUAAAACCGACGACGGUGUAUCAGCAUCACACCAGGAAUAUAAAGAGGAAGAUGUGACUCCAUCAGAAGAAGCAGAUAUAAAGUAUACAGAGACUUUCAGAGCUCAAACAAAUGCACUUCAGCAGAAGGAAGGUAAAAAACUGACUACACAAUACUUGUCAUUUAUAGUUAGAAAACAGGUGGGAAUUUUAUAA